AUGUCAGAUUCCAACACAACUGACUUCACCAACCCCUCCACCUUCAUCCUGCUGGGCAUUCCUGGCCUGGAGGUGGCCCAUGUCUGGAUCUCCAUCCCCUUCUGUGCCAUAUAUGCCAUAGCCAUCUUGGGGAACUUCACCAUCCUGUUCAUCGUGAAGACGGAACCAAGCCUCCAUGGGCCCAUGUACUAUUUCCUCUGCAUGCUGGCCAUCACCGACCUGGUCCUGUCUACGUCCAUCCUGCCCAAAACACUGAGCAUCUUCUGGUUCAAUUCCAGGGAAAUAGAUUUCAGUGCCUGCCUCACCCAGAUGUUCUUCCUUCACUGCUUUUUAGUGAUGGAGUCUGGGAUCUUCAUGGCCAUGGGCUUGGAUCGCUAUGUGGCCAUCUGCCACCCCCUGAGACAUUCCGCCAUCCUGACAAACUCCAUGGUUGCCAAGAUCGGUGUGAUUGUGGUACUGCGUGGUGGCAUUCUCAUACUGCCCUCUUUCCUCCUGGCAAGGCAAUGGCCAUAUUGCAGAACCAACAUCAUUCCCCACACGCACUGCGAACACAUGGCUGUGGUGAAGCUGGCCUGCGCCGACACCCGUGUCAGUAGUUACUAUGGCCUCUUUGUGCUAUUCUGUGCGAUGGGUCUGGAUGUGAUAUUUAUUGCCAUGUCCUAUAUCCAGAUCCUCAGGGCCAUCUUCAGCCUCCCCACAAAGGACACCCGGCUCAAGACUUUUGGGACCUGCGGCUCCCACCUCUUUGCCAUCUUAGCCUUUUACAUCCCAGCUCUUUUCUCCUUCCUCACAUACCGGUUUGGCCACAAUGUGCCCCUACAUUUCCACGUUCUCACUGCAAACGUGUACCUACUCGUGCCCCCCAUGAUAAACCCCAUCAUCUAUGGGGUGAGGACCAAACAGAUCCGGGACAGGCUGCUCCGGCUCAUUACUCAUAAAGGGACUACAUUUUAUUCUUGCUGCUCUGGUUCUCAGACCAAGUUCCGUGCAGAUCUGAGUGGUGAGUUGGCGCUGGGCCCUCUUCCCUGA